AUGCAAUCUAAAUCAAAUGUUCGUUUUAAUCAAUAUAGUCAAUGUUUUAUGCCUCGUUGGGCUACAGCUUGGGCUAUAAUCGGUUCAUUGAUUUGUAUAUGGGAUGCAACGUAUGUUAUAGUACGUCCUCGAAGUAUGGCAAAUGGUGAUCUAUUUCAUAUAUUUUUUCCUUAUGCAAAAUAUAUAACACUUGAUCCACUUUAUGGAAAUUUACAAAAUGCAUUUGUUAUUGCACAAAGUUGGAUGAACUAUGUUGAAAUUACUUUUACAUUAUUAUCUGUUAUAGUUUAUCAUGUUAAUGGACGACGUAAUUUAGGUUGUCUUAUUUUAUUAAUAGUUAGUGUUAUGACAUGGUCAAAAACAGUAUUAUAUUUUAUACAUGAUUAUUUUGAACGACCAUUACAUCCUCAAGAAUUACCUAUUGAAAUUGAAACAUGGGAAUAUUUAUUUCUAUUUAUUAUUCCAAGUCUUAUUUGGGUUGUGCUUCCAUUUGCUUGUAUGUGGAAUAUAGGACGACAAAUACUUAAUUUAUUAAAUGAAAAAAUAAAAUCGAAAUAA